AGGACGGGGUCAGGCUGUCUAACCGGAUUGACAGUUUUUCACGCCCUAAUCCGGCUGCAGAAAACGAGAGGCUGUGCCGUUCACAUUUCCAGCUGGAUUGCAAUCGCUCUUGCACUUGUCUGAAUCUUCACUCUCGCCAUGUUCAGCAUUUUGAAGGGUUUAGCUGGUGGUGGUGGCGGUAGCAGCGGCCUUUCGGGCCAAUUACUCCAGGGAUUGGCCGGCGUUAUUGGACAAAUGGUAGCUGGCCAAGCCGAACAACCCCGCCAUGUUUCUCAGAUUGAGUCCUGCGAGAACGAGGAGGAGCGAAGGUUCCGAGGGAUCUUCAAGCAACUGGCUGGAGAUGACAUGGAGGUGAGUCCUGUUGAGCUGAAGAACAUACUCAACAAGAUUGUCUGCAGACAUCCCGAUCUGAAGACUGAUGGGUUCAGCUUGGAGUCUUGCCGCAGUAUGGUUGCUGUUAUGGAUGCUGACAGCACUGGAAGGCUGGGCUUUGAAGAAUUUAAAUACCUUUGGGAUAAGAUUAAGAAAUGGCAGGCUGUCUACAAAAGUUUCGAUGCCGACAAAUCAGGAACCAUUAAUUGCCAAGAGCUUCCUGGGGCUUUUGCAGCAGCAGGAUAUCCUCUGAAUGAUGAACUUUACCGACUGCUGUAUCGUCGAUAUGCCAAUGAGUCUGGUGACAUGGACUUUGACAACUACAUUGCCUGCUUAGUCCGGUUGGAUGCCAUGCUCAGAUCGUUCAAGGCUUUGGAUAAAGACGGCAAUGGCUCCAUCAGAGUGAACAUAGUGGAGUUUCUACAACUCACCAUGUAUUCCUAAAGCAAAUGCCUUGGGAUCAGCUCAUCAAAGAAAACUGAAGAUCUCCUUGUCACUACUUAUCUAUCAGAGCAAUAGCCCUUUGCUUGGCUGAGGAUGGGGGGGUGGGGGGGGUGGGGAAGAAAGAGGGUGAAAAUAUAUUUUUCUGCAUGUAGGCUUUUUACUGUUCCUGAGAUCUCUGUAAACUCAGCUUGUUGGAAGCACAGUGGUUAACCUUGACCAUUCCAAACUUCAAGACUACUUUCUUCUGAGAUUGCCAAAAUCAAGAAAAAGAUAAUGUUUGAAAGAAAGGUCUUGUUGAGAAUGAGCUUUGGAAAUGGGAGAUUAAAGGUCAGUAUCACUGACCAUUGACCCCCCUCUCAGAUCCACAAGCUUCUUGGAAAAAAACAAUCGUUUCAUUCUCCUGUGAGCUUUUCCUUUCUUGUUUGAAUCUGUUGCCCUCGAAUAUUUCCUUGUGCGUGUGCCUAAAAGACUGAGGAAAACAAUUUAUUUUUAAACAAUGUUAAAGGUCACAGCCCGAUCGGAAGCUGUAGUUUUAAGAUUUAUUCACACGCUUGAGUAUUUGUUCUCCUUAUUUUAUGGAGAAGCCAAACUUGAAAGCAUCCCUUGUUGAAUCUGGUGUGUGGAGGGCGUGGGGAGAUGUUGUGUGCCAAGGAGCACUUAAUGAAUGCUUCUUUGCACACAACAGACGAGUUCUGUUUGCCAGUAACUGGAGCUUUGGAAAGGUCAAGCUUAUUCUUGCAAUGUUGUGCUUUGUACUUUGUGGGGUAUUAUAAAGGUUCUUUAAGUGCUGUUGUGUACAGGAACUUGAUCUAUUGAGUGCUGUCACCUGUCUGUCUGCUGUUUGAUCUUGCUGCUUUAUGCCCAAAGUAUAAAAAACUUUAUUUAUGAUCCCCUGGCAAUUCAUUGCAGCCUCUCCCUUUGCACAAAACAGCAGCCCCAGCAAACGAUGGUGUUGCAGAAGGUGCUUGUGCCAAUGGUCCAAAGAUUGGAAUUCUGGAAAUACAUUUCCUUCUUCAUGGAGGUGUGCCUGAGCUAGGGGAGGCUUCCUAACCUUUCAAAUGUACAAGGGCCCAUUUCCUGAUUAUUACUCCAUUAGAGGUAGUAAGCCAUUGGUUUGUCAAAUCUGUGAUGUAUUGCCCAAGAGCAAUGCAAUCAGUCUGGUCAGUUUCUUUCUCUUUUGUAUAACUGCAAUACCACUAAUCAGUACUGGUGAGAUAAUGGUUUUCUGUUAAUAAUCAUUUGGGUAAAGACAUUUUUAUUUCAUCAAUCUGUGUAAAAACCUGUAUUCCAUUGCUUUAGCGUUCUCAAAACCCAAAUUUGUCUGCAAGUAAAACCAAUUCUGAGUCUUGCCUUUUUGAGGUGGUUCAACAUAUUUAGCCAUUUGGCACCAUGUUUAAUUGCAGAGAUGGGCCGUGCCUUUUCUCAUCCUGACACUCAUUAACCGUGUGGAAUAGCCGUUCAAUCACCUGGACCCAGAACGUUGCCAAGGCGCAGGGCUCUCCAUUUGGGAAGGUUGAGAACUGCUCCAGCUCAGCCCAUUUCAAGAUGAAUCAAAGUUGCAGUGUUUUGAAGUGGGAGCAUCAAAUCCCAUUCCUCCCUUGCCAAAAAUCUCAUGAUAUGCCAGAGCCUCUGUGUUCUUUUAAUGCUGAAGUCCCAUUGGAUCUACCAUAUUGUAACAAAGCACUGAGGCAGUUGGGGUGAAUAUGUGAUUUUAAAUUUGCUAAUCUGCUCUUUGUGAUAUUAACCUGCUUUUAUUUUUCUCUCCCUUCCAAUGGCCAGAAUUUGAGAUUUUUAAUAAAAGGAAAUCUAUUAGCCUUUUUAAAAAAAAAAGUAAAUGUAUUAGUAACUAA